GUUCUCCUCUCUAAAAAAUUGACUUUUUGGAAGUGUUCGCAAUUUAUUGUCGUCAUUUGUUUUUUCUCAGCGAAAAGUAAUUAGUUUUGUACAAUACUUGUUUAAAAAAAUGGGCAAGCGUCGAAAGCAAACUUUAAUCGAUUCUGAUGACGAUUCUAGUGAUAAUGAGUCUAAUCUCGAGUCGGAAUUACUGUCUUUAGCUAAGAAAAAGCCCAAAACAAAUAUGGUUCAAAAUAAUGCAACUGCUUUGUCCGAAUCUGAUUCAGACUCGGAUUGGGCGCAGGGUGCAAGCACUUCUACUGCUGGAAAGAAGAAACGAAUAAAAAAAGUUAACAAGGGAUCUGACUCCUCUGAUCUAGAAGAAAAUAACAACCGAAAUGAAAACAAUACAAUAGAAACUGAACCUACAAAUAGAGAGGAAGGGGAAGUUUCGGACAGCGAUGAUAGAGAUGAUGGCAAUUCAACCGAUUCAGGUUCAUCCGGAGAAAGUACAGGUAGUAGUUCUGAUUCUGAAUUUGAUGACGGUUAUGAUGAAAAUCUCAUGGGAGAUGAGGAAGAUCGCAAACGUCUCAAUGGUUUGUCUGAAAAAGAGCGUGAAACUGAGAUUUUUAAACGUAUUGAACAAAGAGAUUUGUUAAAAACGCGCUGGGAAAUUGAACGAAAAUUAAAACUUGCACGACGUGGGGAUAAGACCACAAAAAUAAGUGGAAAAAAAGAUAAAAAGAAGAAAGUGGUGAAAAAAUCUAAACAGAAGCAGAAGGAAGAGCCAAUUGAACCGAAAAAGGUUGACAUAGUUGCUGAAAAAGAGCCAGACGUAGAAAAGGAAUCACCAAAUGUGGUUCAAGAUGAUGGGGAGCAAACAUCAUUAGCUGGGGAAACCUUGGUUGACCGAAAGUCUUCUAUAGAUGAUCAGAAUGCUGUGGACAAUUUAGAUCAUAAAGAGCGUUCCAAAGAGCGUAAGAAAAAUGUUGAAAUGAAUCGGACUGACGAUAAGCGUAGUACUGCUAUGGCAAUGCUAAAAGCGAAGCGUGAAGGCAAAGCUAAACGAGAGGAAGAAGAGGCUAAGCGUCAGGCGGAACGCGACCGAGAAGAUGAGAAAGAAGAGUUGGAAGGUGUUUCUGGAGGAAAAUCAUCCGUAAAACUUAAAGCUUCUGAAAUAUACUCAGAUGAUUCAGGCAGUAGUGAUUCUGAUGACGAGAAGCCAUCAGAGAAGCGUUCACGCUCAGCGAGUAGCAGUAAAUCUUCUAGCGAAUCUGAAGACGAAGAUGAUACAAUAAGAUCACCAGUAUAUAUUAGCACUCGAGAAGAACUAAACAAAUUACGGUUAUCAAGGUUCAAAAUGGAACGGUUUAUUAAUCUCCCCAUGUUCGAGCGCACAGUUAUGAACUGUUUUGUGCGCAUCAGUAUUGGCAACAACGGUCAAAAACCAGUUUAUAGGGUAGCUGAAAUAGUUGGAGUAGUAGAAACUGCAAAAAUUUACAGCCUGGGAAAAACUCGAACAAAUCGUGGUUUGAGGCUUAAACACGGUACACAGGAACGUGUGUUUCGUUUAGAGUUUAUUUCUAAUCAAGAGUUCACAGAAAGUGAAUAUACUAAAUGGCGCGAUAUAUGUACACAACAAAACGUGACGAUGCCAACAGUAGACAUGAUAGAGCGGAAGCAACAGGAUAUUAAGGAGGCACUUAAUUACGAGUUCAAGGAUGAGGACGUUGACAAAAUAAUUGAGGAAAAAAAUCGGUUUCGAAAUAGACCGACUAAUUAUGCAAUGAGAAAGACGUGUCUGAUGAAAGAGAGAGAUGCAGCAAUGUUGCGCGGUGACUACGAUGUAGCACAAGAUCUAGGCCAGCAAAUUGACGAACUUGAAAGUCGUGCUUCAGAACUUGAUAAAAAGCGAUCUAGCAGCAUUAGUUUAAUCUCUUAUAUAAAUGAUCGCAAUAGAAAACGAAACGUAGAGGAUGCUGAAAAGGCAAUUUUGGAAGAAGCUCGUGCUAAUAGAGGUUUAAAAAUUUCGGAUCCAUUCACACGGCGUAUUACACAACCGCGCAUGGGCUUCAAAUCUGCUGAUAAAAAAGAAGAACUUUCCGUUCACCAGUCACCAGCUCCUCCAGCGGUGAAACGAAAAGUAGAGGAAAGUGCUACUAGUGCUUCAAAACCAACCGAACCCAAAGCUGACUACAGCCUAUAUGCUCUGCAUGAUUUUGAUAUCGACUUGGACGUAUCACUUUUGAAUGCGGUACCGACCACACGAUAAUAUUUAAAUUGAAUUUUAUUAUAUGGAACGAUAGUCAGUUCAAAGAAAUUAAGCUGUCUUAAUAAAAAAAAAAUUGGAUUUGUGGUUGGAAUUACAAUGAGUGUGUUCCAGUUGCAAUAAUUGCAGCAGUUUUACUUGGUCUGAAAUAGCAUCACUUUCUGUCAAAAAAUUUCUGCAACACGUCAUGCGUUCUGUCGACAUUUGGUGGUCGCCACUAGCUAAUCAAGCCCAGUAUAUGUCGAAGUUUUAUCUGCGGAGAGGAAAACGCAAAAUUAAAUUCAAAUGAAACGCAGUUAUUAGUCCUGAUUUUCAAACAACAUGUUCAACAUAACUUCUGCAAUAUUGCGUCAUCUAAUCAGCCGAAGCAACAGGACAUCAGAAAGUAACGGCCGCAAUAUUGUUGUAAUUAUACUGAUUAUAUUUUUCCCUUACACAUGGAAAACUGUAUUUUUUGCGAUUAAUGUCGGUAAAAAAAAUUUACGUUUUGCCAUAAAAUCGUGACAAUAGUAUGAGGUUAAGCCGAGCUUCACAUGUACUUUCCUCUUGUCAGAAAAUCAUAAUAGUAGAAUUAUAUAAUAUUAUCGCAUGCCGAAUUAGCUCUGCACAUGUAUUUAGAAAUCACAAAUUUUGGGCGAUUAAUAGAUGUAAAAAAAUAUACAUCUUCUUAAAUAAUAAAAUUCAAUUCCCAAAAUUUGUUGAUUUAGGCGACUAAAAAUUUUAGCUUGUCUGAGAUGGACAGGACUGGUAUUAGCAAUUUUGCUCCAUGUCUCGUACUAUUACAGACAUUUUGUUAUGAUUUAAAUCUUUUGUGGAAUACUGCUGACGCAAAUUGGCUGACGGAUAUACCCGUAAAAACGUGUCAUGUCCUAUGUUUUGUUAUGUUAUUGCUAAAGAUUCGUCACUAGCAAGUAAGGUUAUACUUCAAGAAUGAUAGAAUACAAGAUAAAUGGGCCUCACAUA